UUGUUUGUGACCCUUUUAAGCACAAGAAUCACAUAUUCUUUUCCAUGCCCCCACCCUCAAAAGAUGAAUAAUAUUCGUCAACUUGCUUUGCUGCAAUCACCUUUUCUUCAGUAUAUAAAGACUUUGUGUUGCAAAAUCAUGUUAUAACCAACACACUCAUAACUAAUAAUAUUUCUCCUUUGACUCGGGCAAUAUUAAUUAGUAUAUAUCUGACUUAUUACAAGGGAUGGCAUCAAGCUCCAUGUCUUCAUCACGUGGCUCGUCCUCCUCGUGGACACCGAAGCAAAACAAGCAGUUCGAGGACGCUUUGGCCAUGUACGACAAGGAUACACCAGACCGGUGGCAUAACAUAGCCAGAGCGGUCAGUGGGAAGACAGCCGAGGAAGUCAGGAGGCAUUAUGAGGCGCUAGAGAAGGACAUUAUGAAGAUCGAAACUGAUCAGGUGCCUAUACCUAAUUACAAGGCCAUGGCCAACGGCAGAGGAUAUGGCAAUGAGCAGAGGCUCCUCAAGAAUCUCAAGCUACAGUGAUCAACUAAUUGCUAGAGUUAAAUACUUCAUUACCAUAUACAAUGUAAUAGUAUAUGUGGUCUUGCCUGAAGAAGAAGUUCAUCUUCUGUUUCUUACUCUACCAGUCUUAUUCCAAGAAACAUUAAAACUGUACUGGUAGCAAUGAAUGUUUCUCUCUCUAGAAGCUUAAGUGCAGAAUCAAUAAGAUGCAUAUAUCAUGUGGUCAUCACAUCUUGUAACAUGUUGUGUCAAAGUGUAUAAUAGUCCUAUGUUUGUCC